UAAAAUUAUUGAAAACAAGGAAUAGGUUAUGUUUGGUACACUAAUAACAUAAACAUGAGCUCCCGAGUUGUAUAGCUCACACUGACAAUGAAGCACCACCACCUCCACCUCCACCUCCACCUCCGUCUAAUCCACCUCUUUCGCCGUGGAUUCGCCACCAAAUACAGCGGCAGAGUCGUCGUCGAAUCCGACAACGGCCGCUCAUUCGCCGUCAAAGUCGACUCUCCCACCUUCCAAACCGAUGUCCGAGGAUACCCUCUCCCUCGCCGCGACCUCAUCUGCAAGGUCACUCGGAUCCUCCAAUCCUCAUCAUCAGACCCUUUCCUCGACCUCUCCGACUACCUCCAAACACUAACCCUAACUCUAACCCCCUCCGAAUCCUCAGAAGUCCUCAAAUCCCUCAAAUCCACAACCCUAGCCCUAGAUUUCUUCCGAUUCUGCUCCUCAUCCAUCCCCAAAUUCCGCCACAACUCCUUCACAUACAACCGCAUACUCCUCAUACUCUCCAAGUCUUCGUCCACGGACCUCGAUACGGUCCGUCAGAUUGUCAACGAGAUGGAGCGGCCCGGCGUGCGUGGCAGCAUCUCCACCGUUAAUAUCUUGAUCGGGAUAUUCGGCGGUGGUGUUGGAGACCAGGGGCUGCAGGAAUUGGAGAGGUGUUUGGGGUUGGUGAAGAAGUGGGAUUUGAGUUUGAACUGUUAUACGUAUAAGUGUCUCCUUCAGGCUUAUUUGAGAUUGAGUGAUUCGAAUAAGGGUUUUGAAGUUUACUUAGAAAUGAGGAGGCGCGGGUACAAAUUGGAUAUAUUUGCCUAUAAUAUGCUUCUUGAUGCCCUUGCUAAGGAUGAAAAGGUUGACCAGGCUUACAAGGUUUUUGGAGACAUGAAAAAGAAGCAUUGUGAGCCUGAUGAGUAUACAUACACAAUUUUGAUCAGAAUGACUGGAAAUUUUGGUAAAUUUGAUGAAUCACUGGCACUCUUUCAGGAAAUGUUAGCAAAGGGCUGCACUCCAAAUUUAAUUGCUUAUAAUACUACAAUUCAGGCACUUGCUAAGGGCCGGAUGGUUGACAAGACAAUCUUUCUCUUCUCUAAGAUGGUGGAAAAUGGUUGUCGGCCCAAUGAAUUUACAUAUAGUCUCAUUCUGAACGUCUUGGCUGCAGAAGGCCACCUGGGAAAACUUGAUAAGGUUGUAGAAAUAUCAAAUAAAUUCAUGAAUAAGUCAAUAUAUGCAUAUCUUGUGAGGACUCUGAGCAAAUUAGGCCAUGCAAGUGAGGCUCACCGGCUUUUUUGCAAUAUGUGGACCUUCCAUGAUAAGGGUGAUCGGGAUGCCUACUUGUCCAUGUUAGAGAGUUUAUGCAAUGCAGGAAAAAUAACAGAAGCUUUAGAUUUACUGAGUAAAGUUCAUGAAAAGGGAAUAAGUACUGAUACUAUUAUGUAUAACACACUAUUCUCCGCUCUAGGCAAACUGAAGCAGAUUUCACAUCUUCAUGAUCUUUAUGAAAAGAUGAAACAAGAUGGGCCUUCACCAGACAUAUUUACCUACAAUAUUUUGAUCUCUAGCUUUGGAAGAGCUGGAAGAGUUGAUGAAGCUCUUAAAAUCUUUGAAGAACUUGAGAACAGUAUCUGUAAUCCAGAUAUUAUCUCUUACAACUCUUUAAUCAAUUGCCUGGGGAAGAACGGUGAUCUUGAUGAAGCACACAUGAGGUUCAAAGAGAUGGAGGAGAAGGGUUUGAGUCCUGAUGUUGUCACAUAUAGCACACUCAUCGAGUGCUUUGGCAAGACCGAUAAAGUUGAGAUGGCUUGCAGGCUGUUUGAUGAGAUGCUUGUUAAAGGCUGUUACCCUAACAUUGUGACCUACAAUAUCUUACUUGACUGUCUUGAGAAGUGUGGGAGAACUGCUGAAGCAGUUGAUCUGUAUGCAAAGCUUAAACAACAGGGAUUAACACCGGAUUCAAUCACAUACGCAGUUCUUGACCGCUUGCAAAGUGGUUCAAAUAGGAUUAGAGUUCGGAAGCAGAGUCCAAUAACAGGUUGGGUUGUUAGUCCUUUAAGGUGAUUAACUCGAGAAGUUCUUUAGUAGUCCGGGAGCCAUGUCACUUUGCUUAUUUGAUGGUCCAGACAAAUUGCUGGCACGCCAUGCAGUCAACUUCAUGAGCUUUAUGCUUAUAGGUCACACAUCAUCAAACCAAGGAGAAGGGAUUAACGGAAGCCGAUGGACAUUAACUCUGUAAUGAACGUCUCUUUCUGUCUUGUAACUGGUUCCCAUCUCUCCCUUCUGUAAAUGGGCAUUGAAAUGAUGUCCUCUCUCUCUCUUCAAUUCAACCUUUUAAUCUAUUCUUCUCAACGCCAAUUGUAGAUCACUCUCCUCUUUCUCCAAGAUCUCAGUUUUGGGUUCUCUACAUUGUUCUUCUGUACGGAUCCACAAAUCUAAGGUAACCUCUUCAAAAGUUCAAACAAUGACUUGCAUUGCUAUAGCAUCUUUCUUAUGCUUGGUAUCAAGGGUUUGCAUGCCACUCUAAUCUUUGUUCGUUGGAUCUAUGGGUCUAUCGAAUGUUGUGGGAUGACUAUUUUUUGAAUAUUCUUCCUUUUACUUCGUUCUAUAAAUUUGUGUCUAUAGAUUUUGUGGAAAUAAUCGAUUUAUGAGCUCUCAAAAUUAUGGAAACCAAGGAUGCAAGGUUCUGCACAAGCCAUUUAACAGCAUUCCAGUGGGCUGGCUCUGCAGGAGCCUCUUCCUUCCCCCAUCUCCAAUGAUCCAAUCAAGUCGACCCAUUUAAAAUGGCUUCUCACUGGAUAAUGAAAAACACACCAUCCCUGAGGCAAGAGGUAAACAUAGAAGUCUAUUGACAUCUAUAGGCAAAGCAAUCAUUGAAAAAUGGUAUGUAUCAAUCCCCACAAUUUGAUUUUUUUAGAAUGCCUAUAGGAAAAGUAUUUUUCUAUUUUCAACUCUAUGUAUAUUGAUCACCACCAUGUAUUGAGUGCCUUAUUUGCGUUACUGGCAGAGGAGUGUGAAUUAGUUUGUCAUUCUUUCAAGUCAUUCCAUAUUCCAAAAUUAUGUUUUGAUAAUUUAAUUUUGGUCUCCAAUAUUUGAAAUUUGUUGUUCUAUACAUGUUUGUCUUCUGUUUUCUACAAUGCUGUUGCGGAAUGAUGAGUUGUGACGAUCUUGAACCAUAUAUCAAGAUUCGAAGGGUCUACAUAAUUCAUUCCUGUUUUUCUUUUCUUCUUUAUGAUGUAGUUUUUUGUUUUUUUAAAUUUAUCAUAUGAAAUUAAUUCCUGCUUUUUACCAAUUGGCAAUUGCUAUCAGAAGUGACCUUGGGCCAUCAAUACAAAUUAGAAAGUGUAGAAGUAAAAUUUUGGAACAUUCAUGUUACUGGGAAGUCAUACUGGAAAACAAGAGCUUCCGCGAUUGUCAGAUGAACUUCUUUUAAUUAUUUUUCACAAAGUUGGUUUUUUGAACUGUGUGUAAAUUGGUGUGUUUAAGAUAAUCUAAUUCAAACUGGUUUGUUUUGUCGGUGUAGGAUGCUGGUUCUUUGUGUGCUCAUUGGUGCUUUGGAUCAGAGAAAUGGAAUUUAAUCAUUAUACAAGUUUGUGAUUCUUAUUUUGUAUUUUAAAAUCAUGCGAAUAGUAUGGGCCAAAUUCUGUCUUUAUUUAAGUUAUAUGCAUCGUAAAGCAAACACACCCCACCCCUACACCUA